AUGCUUUCACAGUUCAAAGAAACCGUUAAUCCUGAGUCACCACCAAAUGACCUUGAAAUAGGCAAUCUAGAGUUUAUUCCCACCCUUGGUUCUGCUGUGCAGUCUGGGGAAGACACCUAUAACUCCCCAGUUUCUCAGCUCAAUAUUCCUCCAAAUGACAAUGGCUCCUGGGCAAAGCAGGAGCUCCAAAGCCUGUGGGAUAUGUUUACCUCAUGGUUGCAGCCAGAAAAGCAGAGCAAGAAGCAGAUGAUUUCUCAACUGGUCUUGGAGCAGUUUCUCAUCACUGGGCUCUACAAGGACAAGGUCGCCUUGAAAGAAAAGUGGGAAUCAAGUGGCAGAAACAUGGGGAGAUUCAUGGAGGGUCUGACUGAUGAGUGCUUGAAGGCUCCUGUCAUGGUCCAUGUCUCCAUGCAGGGGCAGGAAGCCCUCUGUUCUGAGAACAUGCCCUUAAAGGAAGUCAUCACGCUUUUGAAACAACAGCAAUCAGCAAUAACUCCAACACAAGAGAAUGCAAGGACAUCCUUGCAGCUGCUCCAACACAUGUCCUUGGCAGCGGGACAUGAAGACAGUGAAGAUAGCUGCGAAAGUCCCUGGGACGCUAUUGAAGGAAAUGGCAGUGCUAACAGUGUGGGAACUACGAUGGAUUCCCUUCUCACUGUCCAGAGAGCACAGUAUCCUGAGCCCAAAGAGGGGGGGGGUCUUUGUUACGGAGUUACUCAGGGUGUCAGAAAAUCAAGUCCAGGCCCGUUUAGAUUGCAGGAAGAGUCCCUGAGAGCACCUGCUUCUGAAGAUGUCCCUAUAGCAGUGAAACCAGUGCUUCUCUCUAGGAUAGACCAGUCUAAAGACACUGGAGAUGGCCACCACCCUUCCUGGAACACUGCUGACGUAAAUAGUGAUGUUAGCAGUAUCACAAAUGAGGGAGAUUCCCUUAUUAUCCAGAGAGAGCAGCAUUCCAAGCCUGAUGAGGGAGGUGUUCCAUAUGGAGUUCCUCAUGAUUCUAGAAAAGCAAUUUGCGAUGCCUCCAGGUCCCCAUGGGCAUCUUCUUCUACAGGUCUGUCCAUGGAGGUGUCAAGAUUUCUCUCCAGGCCAGAGCAGCUUACCUUUGUGCCUGUCCCUUUUUGCAAGAAUCAUGAGGCAAACUCCACAUGGGAUGCUCACCAGGGUACACUCUACAGAGACUCCAAACCACACAAAUAUGAAGAAUGUCCCAGAACCUUCAAAUAUCUCUGUAACCUCUCUGUCCACGAGAGAAAACACGGGAAGAAGAGAUCACUUUUCUGUACUGAGUGCCAGAAGGGCUUUAAUCAAGGCUCAGAACUCCAAGUUCAUGAGGUCAGACACAAGCCAGAAAAGCCUUUCCUGUGCAGCACGUGUGGAAGGUCCUUCAACCACAGGACCAACCUGCAGGCUCACGAGAGGAUUCACACAGGAGAGAAGCCCUACAUCUGCUCUCUGUGUAGCCACAGCUUCCGCCAGUCAUCCACAUUCCACCGUCACAUGAGGAAUUUCCACAAAUCAGAAUGA